AAAACAGAGAUUUUUAAAGAAGCACAAAAGCCAAACCAACCAACCAACAACAUAUCCCAAACCCCAAAAGCUCUCAACGGUUUUGUGACUCUCUUCUAUUCUUACCACACACAACUACAGGAGAAGAAUGGAGGGGACAGAGGAGGUUAUUUCUGUUGAGCUACCAGCACCUCCUUCUUGGAAGAAAUUGUUUUUUCCCAAGAAAGGCAGUACGCCAAGGAAGAAUGAGAUCGUAUUCAUUGCUCCAUCUGGAGAGGAGAUCAACAACAGAAAACAAUUGGAGCAGUAUCUGAAGUCACACCCUGGUAAUCUGGCAAUAUCCGAGUUUGAUUGGACAACUGGCGAGACUCCAAGGAGAUCUGCGAGGAUCAGUGAGAAGGCCAAGGCAACUCCAACACCAGAGAAGGAACCUCCAAAGAAGCGAAACCGGAAGUCAUCUGGUUCAAAGAAGGAAAGUAAGGAAGCAGAGGCUACACCUGAAAAGGGUGAGAGUGAAAAAGAUACACAAGCAACUGAAGAGGAUGCAGCUGAUUCUAAGGAAAAUCAGGUUGAAAAUGGAGGUGAGAAAAAGGAAGCUGACCAGACUGACAACACUGAUGCCAAGAUGGAAGCAGCUGGUCCUGAGGAAACCCCAGCUCCAAAGGAAGUUCCUGAGACAGCAACAGAGGACAAACCUGCAGUGGACUCCACGGAGAAGGUGCCACCUAGCCAAGCAGAGAAAGAGAAUGGCACAUGUGAGAAAAUAACAGAGAACCCAGAAACUGUAAUAGCUGGGGCAAAUGGAGAAGCAGAGAAAAAGAUUCAAGAUGUGCAGGAGGAUGAUGGGAAAUGUAAUGUUCUGGCAGAGGAAAAUGGUAAAGUUAACCAAAAUGAGCAGACAUCAGGUGCAACUGCUGUAAGCAACUGAAUGCAUCCCCAGGUGCAUCUUCUGUCUGCUUUGUAGAGCAUGUCUCUGUAUUUUAUUAGAGUAACUUGACAUAAAAGGAUGAUUAUAACCGUAAUGUUAUUGAUGCUAGAUUUCGUUGUAUGUUGGACAAUCAACCCGUAUCCCCUGUAAGGGUAGAUCUUUAAAUACUGCUGCUUUUGUUGUAUUGUGCAGGAACUUAGAUUGUAGACUUUUGAAACUUAUGAAUCUUAUGUUUAGUAACUUCAGUUGCCCAAA